UCAAGAAUAAAGGCCGCGUUUUGAAUAUUCCAUAUGGUUCCCAAAAUGUUUGCUCAGUUAAAAAUUCAAAUUGUCUAAAACGUGAAGCAAUUGACCAAUUACCUCUCCCACCAGCACCACCCCAACCUCUUCCUCUUCCAAACCAGGAAUUAUUAACACCCCCGCCUAUGUCUCCUCCUCUCGCACCACAUCAGGAAUUAUUAACACCGCCUCCUGCAUCUCCGCAACCAGAAAUGCCAUCACAAGAGAACCCUACAGAAUUAUCUCCUAUCAAAGAAGAACCUUCAAUUAAAGAAAAUGAUGAUACAGUCCUAUUAGAGUUUUAUGACUCUAUGCAGGCUGUUACAAUGGGUAUGAUGUCAACAGAAAGUGAGGUUAAGAAACAAGUAGUAAACAAUCCAGAUGAUACAAAUCUACAGCCACCCCUUUAAUU